ACAAGGAAGUCGAAGUGAACGCGAAAAGAAGCGGAUUCUCUUGUCUGCGCGGAAGGGGAGUUCUCGCACCGGUUCCACGGCGCACGGAUUAUGUUCAGGAUGUCUUUUAUGAUCACCUACGUACUUCUUACAUCGUACGUCAGCCCUUUCCUUUCCGAGCUGCACAACGCAACGUGGGAAGAUGCGUUCAAUGCAUCUGGAACGACAGCAGGCCCCGAAGUCAUCGAUGUAGCUUCAACGACGCAAGUCCCGUACUUCGAUGAAGAUCUACACGGCGUGAAGGAUAUCGGAGGUCAAAAUAUCACUGAAGAUUACGGAUAUGCUACCGUACCUACGGAAGCCGUCAACGCGAGUGCAGUGACUGAAGUCACCAAUGCGACCUUUGAAGCCGUACGUUUAGCGGAAGAUUUCCGAGAUUUAAACGCAACCUUAGACUACGCAGAUCCAGCUGAAAGCUCCGAAGAAGCGCACCUGCAGAGACUCGCGAAUGAAGUCCGGUCGUACGGUCCCCUGGUGAGGAAGAUUCUCGGCACUUUCACGGAAGGACCAGAAGCGAACAGGACGUACGAUGAACUCGCGGACUUCGUGGACCGGUUCGGACACAGGAUGGCUGGAUCUCCGCAGCUCGAGGACGCCAUAGAUUACCUGGUGGCCGCUCUUCAGAAGGCGGGCGUGGACAGCGUGACCACGGAACCUGUGGUAGUGCCGGUGUGGUCGCGAGGGGAGGAAAAGUGUCGAAUGCUGAAGCCCCGUGAGAUGGAUAUGGACAUCCUAGGGCUAGGAGCAUCGGUGCCGACUGUGGACGGCGGCAUCACAGCGAGAGUGGUCUUGGUGAAGACGUUCGACGAGCUGGAACGACGGAAGGACGAGGUUAAUGGCAGCAUCGUGGUGUUCAACCCCACCUGGAAGUCUUACGCGAGUUACUACCCUUACCGCACCAGGGGUGCCGUUGAAGCUUCUCGCCAUGGAGCCCUGGCAGCUCUUGUGCGUUCGGGUACCCCUUUCUCCUUGUACACGGUGCACACUGGCGGCGUAUCUUACGCAGAGGAUGUGCCCAGGAUACCUACGGCCGCUAUCACUGUCGAAGACGCAGACCUUCUGGAUAGGAUACUGGCAAGAGGGCACGAAGUCAUACUGCACUUGAGCAUGAAAAGCAACUACAGUGAAGGCGAGUCUCGGAACAUUGUAGCCGACAUUAAGGGCACCGUAUUUCCAGAACAGUACGUAAUAGCUGGAGCCCACACGGACUCCUGGGACGUAGGUCAAGGAGCUAUGGACGACGGCGGAGGGGUCCUCAUCAGCGUCCGUAUGGCACAGUUCCUGCGGGAGUUCAAUCUCCGCCCGAAGCGGACCAUCCGCAUCGUCCUGUGGACUGCUGAAGAGAUAGGCUAUUUCGGAGGCAGGGCCUUCGCUCAGAGGCACCAAUCAGAGACGGGCAACAUAUCCAUCGCCUUGGAGUCCGACUAUGGUACCUUCACACCCUACGGCCUCACGACGUCGAGUCGCAACAACGUCACCCAAAGCAUCAUGCUGGAGGUCUUGAAGCUGCUUCAGCCCAUCAAUGCCACAGAACUGCUAGUCCGAACAGCUGGUUCCGACGUUAGAUUGCUCGAUAAGUUCGGCGUUCCCGUGUCCAUUCUGUUGAACAGGAACGAUAAGUACUUCCACUAUCACCAUUCCAGAGCAGACACCAUGUCCAUGAUGGACAGGGAAGCUUUAGACCUGUGCACAGCAAUGUGGGUUGCUGUGUGUUACGUUUUUGCUGACCUCGAGGAGAUGCUUCCGCGAUAGACAAUCCGCAUCGUAUUACAAUGGACAAGCGACCAUAGAACACCGGAUCUCUGAAGAAGAAGAUCUCUAUAUGGUGUACAUGUGUUUGCUGUCAUCAAGUAGGAUUGCACUGCAUUGGAUUGAAGUUGAAAGUAAUAUGGAGAUUAUGGCUCCGGCAAACUGCAUUGGCUACUCCAGCUCACUUGUACCACUAAAAGGGUGGUUAAGACCAGCACAAACCACCAGGGGUUGGACCACCAUCAAGUGAAACUACCUAUGAGGUAGACCCUUUUUAUACAACUGCUUUAUUUCACGCCUUUAAAACAUACAGAACCUCUGUCUUACAUACCGGAAAACAAUGGCUCCCAACGGGAGAUUGUUACUGGGUAAUAGGAAGAGUAACCCCCGAAACCCUCCUGUUCUUUCUGUUCCUCGUCUCGGGUUACUCUUCCCCUUGCCAUGUACCUGCUCGUUUGCGCCCUAACCCUUUUGCCGUUGCUAUACAGGGGUCCAUGUAAUGCUUGUCAAAAUACCUCCUGCCAAUAUCCCUGCAACGUAAUCGGAAUGAAAAAUAGCUUCAGUUCUAAUGACAAAGUGCAAUAGUCGCCAUCAUCACCAUCGCGGGUUCCAAUAAGUAAUUUCGCGACGCACAUUCUGUGUGGCCGUACCAGAUACCUCAUGGAAGACAGAGACCUUGCCGAGAUAUUGCGAAUAUACCUCUACCUGUUUGUAAACAAAUGACGUCAUAGUGUUCGACAGCGCCACCAAUUUGGUAGAGUUGAACUACGCUCGAAGCUAGGGACGAAACAAGGUCGCGCCCGAAAGCCGCGGUCUUGAGAGGAUUACGAUGGUCUCUGAAAGGGACGAGACCUUCUGUCCUACUUUUCUUUCAAUAGGAGGCAGCGAACAGGCGCCCAUUCGUGGAACCCAGCCCUCCCCUUCCGAUUUGUUUCGGUUUUAGCGUGUCUACCAACGUCAUGAUGACGUUCCUCGGGUAGAGGUCUGUCGGUACAUACGUAUAUAGAAUCAAACCCUGCCUCGGUGUGCCAUGGGCGUUGACGACCAAGCAGCUCCAGUUGAGGAGGAAAGUGGAAUGACGAAAUCAUGUUCUAAUAAGUGUGACAUCGAUUGUCCAGUUUGUAAAUAUUGCCAAAAGUGCGAUAAAUUAUGGGAAUGUAUUUGCGAUGUAUUUGCGACGAAAUUUGCGAUGUAUUGUAUGUAUGUAUGUUGUAUGGAUACGUAUUUCUUCUUUCUUUCCUUUUGUUCAAGGUGUUCCAACGAUUUGUAUUUGGGGAAUGCCCCCCCCCCUUCGACGGCACUAUGUCAGAAAUAUCACAAAUAAAAUAAAUAAAUAAAUAAAUGUGAAUUGGCAUUGUGCUAGAAAAAUCGGCUGCAUCCGUUUUUGCAUUGUGCCAAA